AUGCCCAUCGUCCUCGACUUCUCUGGCAAGCUGGUCCUCGUCACAGGCGGUGGCCGAAGCAUUGGUCUCGCCAUUGCGCGUGCGAUCGCGAAGGCCGGUGCCGACGUUGCCAUCACGUACACUUCGCAAGAUGCGACGCCCGUCGCUGACAAGCUGUCAAAGGAGUUUGGCACGGUCUGCAAGGCGUUCAAAUGCGAGGUGUCGGACAGCCGCGAGGUGAACACAAUGCUGGCGGCUGUCAAGGAGUCGUACGGCCGCGAGGUGGACAUUGGGAUCGCCAACGCAGGCAUCACGCUGUGGAAGGACGCCCACGAGAACACGGACGACGAGUUCCGCCGCAUCUUUGAGGUGAACACGUUCGGCUCGUACUACUUGGCUCGCGCUCUUGCUCGCUCGUGGCUGGGCGAGGACAUCCCUGUCGGUUCGAGCACUACGGGCCGCCCCGAGGCGCAGCAGCUCGGCAAGCAGAUCCUGUUUGUGUCGUCCAUCAGCGCAAUCGUCGCCAUGACUCCCCAGCGCCAGACGGCGUACAACGCCAGCAAAGCAGCCGUAACCAUGAUGGCCAAGUCUCUCGCGGCCGAAUGGGCACACCUCGGCAUCACGGUGAACAGCAUCUCUCCCGGCUACGUUGCCACCGACAUGAUCGCCAACCCACCGAACGAGGAGGCCAAGGCAUGGGUGGGCGAGUGGACGAAACGCACUCCUGUCGGCCGCUUCGCCACGGCUGAGCAGAUCGGCGAGUUUGUUGCCACCUUGGUUAGCGACUCGCAGGGCGGAAUGGGAUGGAUGACGGGCUCGGAUGUUGUCAUUGAUGGCGGAUACACGCUUCUGUAG